UUCUGCUUCAACAACAAGAAGAAGAAAAAAAAGAUCGCCUCAUUCACUAUACUUUAAUUAGCAUUCUGCUUCACUAAAGAAAGUUCAUUUAUCCUAUCUACAUAGGAGUCUUUCUAUAUAACAAAAGGAACAUGAUAAAUUAUUUUGAAAUACUUUUCUAUAUCUCUAUAUUUCUUCUUAGUAUCUUUUCAUAUUAUUUUUGUUUCAAAAAUGACAAAUCAUCAUCCCAAAAGAAAGCUUAUAAGCUUCCUCCUGGAUCAAUGGGAUGGCCUUAUAUUGGAGAAACUCUUCAACUUUACUCUCAAGACCCUAAUGUCUUCUUCGUUAACAGGCAACGGAGGUAUGGUGAAAUUUUUAAGACAAAAAUACUAGGAUAUCCCUGUGUCAUGUUGGCAAGUCCGGAAGCUGCCAGAUUUGUACUAGGGAACCAAGCUAACUUGUUCAAGCCAACUUAUCCUAAAAGCAAAGAGAAUUUGAUUGGUCAAUCUGCACUUUUUUUUCACCAAGGAGAUUACCAUAUUCACCUCAGAAAACUUGUUCAAGCUUCUUUAAAUCCAGAAUCCAUUCGUAACCAAAUCCCUCAUAUUGAAGAAUUAGCGAUUUAUGCGUUGAAUUCAUGGGCUGGUGGACAUGUUGUCAACACUUAUCAUGAGAUGAAAAAGUAUUCGUUUGAAGUAGGUAUACUUGCUAUAUUUGGACGAUUGGAAGGUCAUGUGAAGGAUGAAUUGAAGAAGAAUUAUAGCAUAGUUGAUAAAGGUUACAAUUCUUUUCCAACAAAUUUGCCAGGGAGUCCUUAUAGAAAGGCCCUUCGGGCAAGAAAGAGACUUGGGAAGAUUCUAAGUGAAAUUAUAACUGAAAGGAAGGAGAAGAAGCUACUAGAGAAAGGGCUAUUGAGUUGUUUCUUGAAUUCUAAAGAUGAAAAAGGAAUGGUAGUAAAUGAAGAUCAAAUUGCUGAUAAUAUCAUAGGAGUUCUAUUUGCAGCGCAAGAUACAACAGCAAGUGUUUUGACUUGGAUUCUGAAGUACCUUCAUGAUAAUCCAAAGCUUCUUGAGAGUGUCAAGGCUGAACAGAAAGUGAUCUGCAAGUCAAAUGAACAAGAAAAUCAUGGGUUGACAUGGACACAAACAAGAAAGAUGCCCAUCACUAACAAGGUUGUUUUGGAGACACUGAGACUGGCUAGCAUUAUAUCUUUCACAUUUAGAGAGGCUGUGGCUGAUGUAGAAUACAAAGGUUACCUUAUUCCAAAAGGAUGGAAGGUAAUGCCUCUGUUCAGGAAUAUUCAUCACAACCCAGAGAUCUUUCCUGAUCCACAAAAAUUUGAUCCUUCAAGAUUUGAGAAUGCGCCGAAACCCAAUACAUUUAUGCCAUUUGGCAGUGGAGUACACGCUUGUCCAGGGAACGAACUUGCCAAGCUGGAAAUACUAAUUAUGACACAUCAUCUAGUCACUAAGUUCAGGUGGGAAGUGGUAGGAUCUGGUAGUGGGAUUCAAUAUGGACCAUUUCCAGUGCCAGUGGGUGGACUAGCAGCAAGAUUUUGGGAAGGAUCUACCACCUCAAACUAGAGGCAGGCACUGAGCAGCAAAAACAAAAAAUCGCUGUUCUGAUUUGCAUAUCUCAAAUGAUUUCAUCAAUCUUAUCCAAGAUUAUUUGCUCAUCCCCAAAAAAAAAAAAAAAAAAAAUGAAAGAGAUCUCCACAUUUCACCCUACAAAUUAGUUUAUAUUCAAGAAUUUACUAAAUUUGAGUACCUUUACAGCUAGAAUUUUGUACAAUUUCAAUUUGCAAGAAUUGGAAUUCACAAACUGUUAAAUUUGAUCACUCAAUUCUUUUAGUUCCUUUAUUUUGGCUUAUGUUUGACAAAAAGCAAAUAGACUUUGCCCAUGUGUUGAGAUGGCAAA